AUGUCAGGAGAAGAAUACGAAGAAUACCCACCAAAAGUGGCUGAAAACUUACUUGUUGAUAUCUCAUUAUCAGUAGAAUACAUGAGAAGAGUUGCAAAAUCUAAGAAGAAGAAAGAAGGCAUUGAAAGUCAAAUCGGAUCAAGUGAUCUCGAAAUGCCGCUCAUACGGCGCAUCCCUGUACUCCUCUGGAUCAGUAAAAUUGAAUCGUGUAUCACCCAACAAUGA